AUCUUCAAAUUCGGCGUAGGGUAGGUUUGUUUUUUUUUUGAUCUAGUGGUUGAAAUUGUGGGGAACUCUGAAGUUUGGGAGAUGAGAUUAGGGUUUUUGGUGCAGAGGUAUUUAAACCCUAUUUUGGAUUGAUCGCAGAAGCAGGAUUGUUUGUUUGUAGACUGGAAAUAGGGAAUUAGGGCCCUAAUAUAUGUGCAUGGCUUCGGCAACAGUAGUUGGAGAAGAAAAAGAUGGCGAGAGAGAGAAACAGAGGUACAACGAGAACAAGGUUUAUACCAGGAAAGUGUUUAAGGCUUCCAAGAAAAGCAAUCUUCUCAACUCCACCGUUAGCAAUUGCAACCCCAGCCACGACAACAAAUAUAACAAUAACACCGACAUCGAUGCUGUGAAGGACACUGCUGUCACCGCAAAAGAUGCUGACCCUAACGGCGACGGAAACGACAACAACAACAACGAUGACGACGAAGAAAAUAAUAGAAACUGCUCUUUUCAAAUACCUGCUCAACCUCUUUCUUUGGAGUUUGGGGAUUCAGCUCAGCAACAGCUUGUUCCGCUGAUAGACACUGUCGUGCCUGAUGACUGUUCAAGUCUUGAAAAGCAGCAGGAUGUCGCUGGAGCGUUGAAGCCCAGUUCAGAGGACCAGGUGAGGAUCAAUUUGGCUUCAAGGUCAAAGCAGGAGGUGGGGGAAUUGAGGAGGAAGUUGGUGAGUGAUCUUGAUUUGGUGAGGAAAUUGGUGAAGAGAAUUAAAGCCAAAGAGCAGGAAAUAAGUGGGUUUGGUAAUUCCUUUGUUCCUUUGAAUAAUGCCAUUUAUUUUGGUUUCAACCGGGCUCAACCAGAGCAGGUUUCAGUGGGCAUUUCUCAGGAGCCUGUUAAGAAAUCAAGGCCUUUGAAUCAGUUGAAUAUUUCUUCCUUGGAGAAUAGUCGGGGUGCAAAUGAAAAAAUGGAGAAGGAGAAGAGAACACCCAAGGCAAAUCAGUUUUAUCGAACUUCAGAGUUUUUGCUUGAUAAAGAUAAGUUUCCGCCUGCUGAGAGUAACAAGAAGUUGAAAUUAAAUGGUAAGAAGCAAGGGGGAGGUGAAUUCGCACGUGGGUUUGUCACGGGUAACAAGUUCUUUAAGAGCUGUAGUUCUUUGCUUGAAAGACUAAUGAAACACAAGCAUGGUUGGGUCUUUAAUGCUCCUGUUGAUGUCAAAGGUUUGGGUUUGCAUGAUUAUUAUAGUGUCAUUAAGCAUCCCAUGGAUUUGGGCACUGUGAAAUCGAGGCUUAGCAAGAACUGUUACAAGUCACCUAGAGAGUUUGCAGAGGAUGUCAGACUGACGUUUCAGAAUGCUAUGACAUAUAAUCCUAAGGGACAAGAUGCUCAUGUAAUGGCAGAACAGUUAUCAAAAAUAUUUGAGGGCAAAUGGGCCUCUAUAGAGGCAGAUUAUAUUCGAGAUAUGAGACUUGCAAUAGACUAUGAAGUGAGUCUUUGUAUGCCGACACCAACAAAGGCUCAUUCAAUGCUACCACCUCCAAUUGAUACGAGAAGGAUCUUGGAUAGAUCAAAGACAUUCCCAGUUAAUCCGUCACCAAAACUAAUAGCUACUACUCCUCUGGGAAGGACUCCUGCUCCCAAAAAGCCUAAGGCAAAGGAUCCUUAUAAGAGGGAUAUGACUUAUGAAGAGAAGCGGAAGCUUAGCACUAACCUUCAGAGUUUGCGUUUAGAGAAGCUGGACAACAUUGUACAGAUUAUUAAGAAAAAGAAUUCAUCUGUCCUUCAAAAUCAUGAUGAAAUCGAAGUAGACAUUGACAGUGUGGAUACCGAGACUCUUUGGGAGCUAGAUAGAUUUGUUACCAACUACAAGAAAAGUUUGAGCAAAAACAAGAGAAAGGCUGCUCUUUCCAUUAAAGCCAGAGCAGAAGCUGAGCAGAUUGCACCUGAAAAAUUACAGUCAGUAGCUCCUGUUUCCAUGGAAGUGCACAAGGAAACUACAACUAAUGAACAGAAUGUGUCCAUAUCAUUUGCGAAAGAAAAACAGGGAGAUACUGCUAGUAGGUCGAGUAGUUCAAGCAGUUCUAGCAGUGAUUCAGGGUCUUCUUCAAGUGACUCUGAUAGUGAAAGUUCCUCAGCAUCUGGAUCUGAUGCUGGACAUUCACCUAGAUCUUGAGCCCAUUCAGGUGCUUAUCAAUUGUGAUAAUGAAAUUUUGCAGAUUGGGUUUUAUGAGUGUGAUGUAGCAUUUGGGUGUUAUAGUGGAGAGAUAAACGUGAAGGGCUGCAGAAUGGGAGGAGUGGGGGAAGGAGGCUUCAGCAGGACUUCUCAAUUUGUGGACUAUCUGUAUAAUUAUAUAACUAAGAUGCGGGUAGGAUUUGAUUGGGCUAAAUUGAAGGCACGUGUACAUUGCUAAUUUAACAAGUGGGACUUGGUUUUUCUGUGUUUAUUAUGCAUUCUGCUGGGCAGAUUCUUUGAUUUGAUGUUGUAUAAAGAAGGAAUGAAACAAGCAUUGUAAUUCAAAGUAGUAAGUAUUGUUCAUGUGAAAUGAAUACAAUAAUAGUUAGUGUGAAA